UCUCUCUCUCUCUCCUCUCUUCUCUAAAUUGCAGUCUUGAAGAAUUACAAGUGAAUCAAUGGCGCUGAGACCCCUUGACAAUGCUCUACCAACAAUCACAACGGCAAGAACCAAAAAGCAAGCCAAAGUUGCGGUCUCCAUCCAAAAUCAAUCCGAUCUUGCUGUCAAUGACGAAAACAGAGCCCCAAUGCCACCUGCUAAUGGAGAGGCCAUAAUCGACUAUGUCUCUUCCGACAAUCUCAAAUCCUUACCAGACCCUGAAACCAAAAUUCAAAGCCUGGUGGAAGGCUUAGAAUCGAAAGAUUGGUUGAAGGUCUGCGACUCACUGAACAAUGCCAGGCGUUUUGCACUAUAUCACUCCUCUCUUUUGCUCCCCAAUUUAGAGAAGAUUAUGUUGGUGCUGGUGAAGGCAAUGAAGAACCCUAGAAGUGCCUUGUGCAAGACCUCCAUCAUGGCUUCAUCUGAUAUCUUCAAGGCCUUUGGAGAUAAGUUGCUCGAGUUCACAAAUUCUGAUGCAUUUGACCAAAUGCUGCUGCAGCUACUGCUGAAAGCUUCUCAGGAUAAAAAAUUUGUAUGUGAAGAAGCAGACAGAGCACUCAACAAAAUGGUUGAAUUCAUGACGCCUCUCCCUUUGCUCCACAAGCUCCGGGCUUAUGCUAGCCAUGCCAACCCCCGAGUCAGAGCCAAAGCUGCAAUUUCAAUCUCUCUCUGUGCCUCAAAGAUGGGGCUGCAAGGAAUGAAAGAAUUUGGGUUAGUUUCAUUGAUUCAAAUGGCCGCAGAUUUGUUGAACGAUAGGCUUCCUGAUGCAAGAGAAGCUGCUCGAAGUAUUGUGACAUCGAUAUAUGAGGCGUUCACAGAGAAUGAAGAAAAUGAAGAGCAGAAGCAGGAGUCAUGGCAAGACUUUUGCCAAUCUAAUUUGCAAGCUAUUCAUGCACAAGCCAUAGUUAAACUCAUCUCUUCUUGGUAGAGUUCGCGUUAGUGGUAACUAUAUUAGUAUGAGCAAGGUUAGGGGCAGCAGCAGAAGGUAGUGCUCUGCUUAAUAUAAAGUUCAGAUUUCAGUUCAUGUAAUGCCAUGUACUAUUAACAUGGUUGUAUUUGGGGUUUGCAUGUUAUGGGUGAAGUUUUUCUUCUUCUCUCUCUCUCUGCAUGCUAUGUACGUGCAGUACAAAAUUGGAGCAUUUAUGCCAUUAAACCCUAAA